UCGGGCUGUAAAGGUGAGCGGAGACAUGGUGCUGCUCUACUUUUGGGGAGACGGCUCCAGCGGGCAGGCCGGGGCCCCGGGGGCCCUCAGCCCGGCCCCGUGGACCGUGCCCGGGGUCAUCACCAGCGUCUGCUGCGGGGCCCGGUGCUCGCUGCUCCUCACGCGGGACGGAGGCGUGCUGUCGAGCGGGCACAACGCGCAGGGACAGCUGGGACGGAAGAAAGCUAAAAAUGAAAAGAAGCCAGGUCGUGUGGAGGGUCUGGGCAACGUGGUGUCGAUAGCCUGUGGUCAGGACCACUGUCUGGCCGUGUCUGCGUCUGGACACGUGUUCUCCUGGGGCGCCGGAGAAGACGGCCAGCGAGGCAUUUUACCAGAUCAACUGUGCAACAGACCGAGCCGUGUCCCGAUUCCACUACAAAUCCCAGUGAUUCAAGUUGCAUGUGGGAACUCCCACUCUCUGGCACUGACUAGAGGAGGCGAUGUGUUCUCGUGGGGGCUGAACAGUCACGGUCAGCUGGGCCUGGGGAAGGAGGUGGCCCUGCAGUACGUCCCGGAUCUGCUCGUCGCGCUGACCGGCGUGGCGGUGACCCAGAUCUCAGCCGGAGCGACGCACACUCUGUUCCUCACGCUGCCGGGCCGGGUGUACUGCUGCGGAGCCAACGCCGCGGGCCAGCUGGGGCUCAACCGGGUGGACGCCAACGGCAGGUUCAACGUCUGCAUGGUUCCCGCCCUCCGAGCUCGAGGCGUCUCCUUCAUCAGCUGCGGAGAGGCUCACUCUGCUGCGUUGACGCGGGACGGAGAGGUUCUCACGUUUGGGGAGGGCCGCUACGGUCAGCUGGGUCACGACUCCUCCGCCGACGAGCUGAUACCCAGACGGGUCGACGGGCUCCACGGACCCGCCGCUCAGAUUUCAUGUGGCAGACGUCACACUCUGGUGUUGGGCUCCUCCGGCCAGCUGUGGGCUUUUGGCAAUGGAGCCAAAGGUCAAAUCGGGACCGGAAGGUCAGAGGACAGUCUGACUCCCACCGUGGUGGAGUUCCCAGGGACCACCGAGGGUGCAGCCGCCGGGCCCAACGACUUGAGAAUCUCAGCCGGGUGGAACACGAGCUUCACUUACACUUCACCCACACAGAGCGGGGGACAGAUAACUGGACGACUCGAUGAAACCAAACUACAAAGAUGGCUGUCGGCGAGUCCCGGCGACGCGGAGGCCAAGAGAGAAAUAACUUCCAUGUUUCUGACGAGCUCAAGUCUCGUCUCGAGCUUCACGAAGUCUGACUCGUCUCCGGCUGACGACCUGACCGUCGACCUGGAAGCUGCCGGACGAGCUUUCGAUCGGCUGCUGGCGAAACCGUGGAUCAACCAAUCGGUGAACCUUACGCCCCUCAUCCAGUUGCUCUUUGCAUCAGCGUCGGCCCUGAAGGCACCAGAGAUCCUCCUGGUCCUGCUCACCUGUCCUUACUUCCAGUCUGAGGCUCACGUGAUACACGGCGUGCUGACGCUGGCCGUCGUCAUCGCCAAGCUGCAGGAGAAGACGCUGGAGACACUCAGGCGCGGCUGGUCUUCUCUGACCCCCCCGGUCCUGAAGAGACACAUCGAGGUGUUCAGGAAGGCUCUGGGCUUCAUGCUGAGCAACGGGCUCCUGAUGACCCACAACCCGGGGGUCAAGUACCUGCUGGAGGCCCUCAAGCUCCUCUACAGGGCAAACAAAUGUGGAAAGUCGUACAAAGUCCCUCUGGACACGUUUUACGUGGAGGAGAUCAGCUCGACGGUGGAGGUGGUCGUCGACUUCACGCGCUGGACGGAGCAUUCCGGCCUCGAGGAUGUCGUCGGCACACCGGCCAUCUUCUGCCGCUUCCCGUUCCUGUUGAACCUGCAUUGCAAGGCGGCGUUCUUCAACAUCUACGGAUCCAUAGAGAAGGAAGCUCAGCGCGUGGCGUUUGGUUUGUCGCUGUGGUGUCCGGAGGAGCUGAGGGUGCAGCAACACCUGAGCGACGCCGCGCCCGCCUUCCAGCUCACGCUCCGGAGGACGCACCUGGUGGAGGACGCCUUCAGGCAGCUGGCGGCCGCCGACCACUGCGCCUUUAAGAGGGAGCUGCUGGUGAGAUUCGUAGACGUCAACAAGGUGACGAACGUCAACAAGAAAGAUUUCUUCCUGCACGUGUUCGAUGAGCUGAUGGCGCCGGAGUCCGGACUGUUCAUGUUCAACGACACCAAGACUCUGGCCUGGUUCCCCCCCAAGCCCAAAGUGGAGGAGAAGACCUACUUCCUGUUGGGCGUCCUGUGCGGCCUGGCGCUGUACAACAACAACAUCGUCUACAUGCCGUUCCCCCUGGUGCUCUUCAAGAAGCUGCUGGGGGGGAAACCCUCCAUGGGCGACCUGACGGAGUUCCAGCCCGUCGUGGCCGAGUCUUUGAGGUGCAUUCUGGAGGACUACAGCCCCGAGUUGGUCCAGAGCCUGGAGGUUCCCUUCGCUGCGGCCUGGGGCGGGGAGGACGUCGAGCUGGAUCCCACAGAGACGGGAAAACUGGUGACGGCGGCGAACAAAAAGGCGUUCGUGGACGCCUUCGUCCGCUACGCCUUCGACACGUCGGUGGAGGGCCCGUUCGGGGCCUUCAAGAGGGGCUUCUUCAAGGUGUGUGCCGUCGACGUGGUGGAGUUCUUCCAGCCCGAGGAGCUGCAGGCGGUGAUGGUGGGACAAGAGAACGACGACUGGGACGUGUUCAAGAAGAACGCGGUGUAUGAAGGAGAAUACCACGACGAGCAUCCCAACAUCCUGAGCUUCUGGGAGGUGUUUGAGGAUCUGACGCCGCAGGAAAAGAAAAAGUUCCUUCUGUUCCUCACCGGCUGCAGCCGCGUGCCGUUCCGCGGCAUGCAGAGCGUGGUGAUGAAGGUCGCCGUGCUGCCCGACGCAACCGAGCUGCACCUGCCGGAGGCCCUCACCUGCCACUUCCUGCUGCUGCUGCCCAUGUACCUGCGGUACCCGGCCAGGAGGACCAUGAGGACCCGGCUGCUGGAAGCCGUCAAUCACAACCGAGGCUUCUGGAAGGACGCGGACAUCCUGGAUUGAGCGUCGUUAUUUAAUUAUUAUUUAAGUAUAACCAACUUAUUCAUUGAGCUUCAGUCACUGUGUUUGUGUGAAUUUUUUUUCUAUUAUCUAUUUUCAAAGUUUUGAGUCACAAAUGUCAAUUAGCAAAACAUUUUGGUACUUAAUUAAUCAUUAACAAUAAAUGUAUAAAUUCUAAACAAAUAAAUGGAAAAUGUGUUGAUAAUAGAAAAACUAGAAAAAAACAAAAAAGUGUGAUAACAAAAUGUAUUAUUUCCAUGCUUAUUGCUUUUGUUUUUUACCUAAAUAAAUGCUUUUCUCUU